GUACUGUAGAACUCUGGCUACCGUUUACAGAAAGGCUUAUUGAUCAUGCUGUCCGAAAGACCAAAAGGAAUUGUCAGUGACAUUAGUGGAGUUCUGAAAGACAUGACAAAUGGAGUGGAUGUGGCUAUAGAGAAAUCUGUUGAAGCAUUUCAAAGGAUUCAAGAGAGUGGAGUACCCUAUGUCUUGUGUACUAACGAAAGCUGCUACUCAACAGCUAUCCUAGCUCAAAAGCUCAAUGAAAUUGGAUUCAAUGUGCGAGCCGAUCAAAUCCUCUCACCAGUUUCUGCUAUCAUUCAAGUGAUAAAAGAGAAUAACCACAGACCUUUUGUAUUGGUGAAUAAGAAAGUAGUGGAGGAUUUUUCACAGUUUGAUCAAACCAACCCUGAUUGUGUGGUGGUGGGCGAUGCAGAAGAGCAUUUUACUUAUGAAAUUGUUAACAAAACAUUCAAGUUACUUGUAGGCGGUGAACGCAAAUUUUACAGCCUAGGGAAAGGAAAGUACUACAUGGAUUCUGGAGAGCUUAAAGUUGAUCUGGGGUGUUUUGUAGCCGGAUUAGAGUAUUCAAGUCAAGUUCAAGCGGAGAUAGUAGGCAAGCCUAGCUCGGUGUUCUUCAACCAAGCAGCCAAGAUGAUUGGUUUAGCACCUGGUGAUCUAGUGAUGAUUGGUGACGAUGUGGAGGGUGACGUUGGAGGUGCUUUGAGCGCCGGAUUUCAGGCUGCUGUUCUUGUCAAGACUGGAAAAUUCAGGCCAAGAGAUGCGAACCAUCCUAAAGUAAAACCCACCUUCAUAGCAGACAACUUAAGUCACGCCGUUGAUGUGAUACUUGGCAUGAAGUAGACAUUGCACUUAUUUUGAACAGUUUAUCAUCGAACAAAGCUGCGGUUUUUUAUCGUAGAAUUUGUAACGGUUAAAAUAUAUUUAUUUGAGUUUUUAUAACGGAUUAGAUUUUAAAUAAACAAAACAACAUAGAUAAUGGAUAUUUCAUUAGAUUCAAGGGACUAAUUCACAAUUAAAGUACAUUGCACAUUACACAUGUAUGUGUAUUUUGGGUGCAGAUAAAUAUCCUGUAUACUACCCAGUAUGUAACAUUUGAUACCCAGUACGUUGCAAACGGGGUUAUUACUUUAUUUCAUUAAAUUUUAUGGUGUAGAAUUCACGACUUCUUGGGACUUGUUGAGGGGACAUAAUGGUGUUGCUAUCUCAUGUUGCUUAAUAUUUUAUUUUCCUUUAUACUUGAUUUUCGAUAUUGAUGGUACUGAUGUAUAUUUACCAGCAUACGAUAGGAUAAUUUUAAACCCCAAUUUGAUACCUUUAAGUGUUUUAGUUUCCAUGAUUGUGUGUGCUGUAUAUUGUAGAUCUAACUUAUUAUAAUCAUAUUUUUUACCGGUUAUUA